CAACACACCACAAAAACAAAAUAUUUUUCUUAUCGUGUACGCAUUUCGAAAUUGUUGGUUCGGCUUCGAAAUUGCAAUGCAGAAUUAAAUUCAAGCGCGUAAAUAUUGAAAGCGAAUAAUUGUGAACGCAAUGGUGGCGCAGUUUUAUUAAGUGUAAAAAUAUUUUGGUGGGCUGUUGUUCGGUGUUCGAUGGAUGCGUGGUUUAAAAACAUCACAGGCAAAAGAGCGCGUGCUUGUUACAGAAUUAGCGCGCAUUAAACAAGUUGGAAUUGUGUGUAUUGCAUUGCGUACUUUGUUUGGGGAAUCGAGUGACUUGGCCUGGCAGCAGCAAGUGAGCGUAAGAUAAAGAUAAUUUCUUUUGGAAAAAAUGUCUUCACCGGUAAAUUCACCAAUAACAAAUUCCGAGGAUGAACAAAGCCGUUUAAAGUGGUUCUCACAACGUAAUGAACAUUUAUCGCCUACAUCGACGGUAACACCGCCACCUCAAUCAAUUUCAGCAACUGGAAGUGGCGUAAGACCUGCAGGAAAUAUUCUGCAUGAUCACAACUCAACUAAACGAAAAAGUGCCUUCUUACCGUAUCGGCCACAUGCAACCGUACUCACUAAUCUACAACGCGGUAAUACCGAAGCCUUCUCUUAUCCUGUUGAAAUAACCUUAUCUUUUCACGAACGUGCUGGCCAGGGUGAGAUAACAGAGGAACAAGUAAAUGUAGAAAUAGAAAAGCAGCGAUUAGCUGGGGCCAAUAUAGAUUUUAAGGAUGCCUAUGGUUUUACACCAUUACAUUGGGCUGCUUACUAUGGGCAGUUAUUGGCAGUACAAUUGCUUACAAAUGCUGGUGCUAAUGUUAAUAGCGAAGCACCAGAUAUGGUGACACCAUUGUUAUUAGCUGCAUCCGGUGGACAUCAUGAAGUGGUACGCUUCCUAUUGGAACGUGGCGCUAAACGUGGACAUAUGGAUAUUAUGGGUAAUACAGCACUUAUGUACGCUGCAGCCGGCAAUCAUCCACAUACAUGUAAUGAAAUUCUAUCACGUGAUCCUGAUAUGACCGCUUCAAAUGAAAAUGGCGAUACUGCAUAUACUUUAGCGAUUGAACAUGGCGCAGUGCUAGCGCAAUCUGUAUUGGAACAAUAUAUAGGAGCACUACUAGCCUUGUGAGAUCGCAUUACUUUGAUACGGAGUGUUAAGUCCAACUAAAGGAAUUGAAUUCAAUAUUCUCUGUUUGGAAUCGUGGACUGAUGUCAACAACGAAGUAAUGUUAUUAACAAUCGUAACUCACAAUAACAUAUAACCAUAUUUGUUAUUGUAUGAAAUGUAUCUAAAUCACCAACGUGAGGAACAACUAUUGCUACUUAAGAAAGUAGUGCAGUUAGGGCGAAAUUUUGUAAAUUAAAAAAAGAAAAACAACGAAAGACGUCUUCAACUCAAAUAGAUCGAUCAAAUGAGAGAGGUUCGUUGCUGAUAUUAUUGUAGGAAGUACGCUGGAAUUAUAGAUAAAAAAUCCGGAGAAGGAAAUGCGAUUACAAUAUAG